AUGUCCAACGAUGAGCCCGUCGUGGACGCCACCGAAGUGAUCAACAGCAUCGAGUCCGACUAUGGCUCCGAACCCGACGAUGAUACCUGGGACCAAGCCUUCUCUCAGUCGCAAUCACAGACACAGCCUGUGCAGACUAUUCCUCGAAUAGCCAUCGAAGAAGUGGAAGAGCUCGAGGCGCAGAUUCUCCCCAAGGACGAUGAAGCACCGCCUUCCAGUCUGCGCAUCGCGCGGAUACGGGAACAUCUUGUGCAAGCAAUUGCAGGACUCGACGAUAUCUCAAGGCAGACACCUUCGCCUCGCAGUCCGCAGCGUGCCAAGUCGAUCGAGAUCGAAUACGACGAGAGCAAUAGACGCUCCUUCUCGCCACUCCCCGUCGAGCCUCUAGUACACGAACCACGAUCACCACCAGCUGAGCCGCAGCCUGAGGUGCCAGACACGCGAACGCCUAUCGAACGCUUUCGAACGAAGCCGAAGAAGACGCUCUCAGUCACAGACAUUGUUUCGCCAGCGUGGUGCGAGCUGAAGUACUGGUAUAGCUUGACCAAGUAUGGCAGGGUACGGCGGACGAAGGCCAUGAAGCAGGGCAGCAAGAUCCAUAAAGAGAAGGAGCGGGAAGUGCAUACUGAAGUGCCGGUUGAGGUCGCAACCAAGGAAGAUCAGUUUGGCUUGAAGCUGUGGAAUAUCAUACAAGGGCUGCGGACGCUGCAAGCUACCGGUCUGACGAGAGAGCUGGAAGUGGUGGGGCUGAUCGAUGGAGAGGUCAUUGUUGGCAUCAUUGAUGAGCUGUCGUUUAAUUGUCCGGAUGAAGCUAUGGAGGCGUUGCUACUGGACACUGCAGAAGGGACGAAAAGCGCCGGCAAGAAGAAGAAGGAGAAGCCGGUACCUGCGGAUCAGAAGACCAUGGCGGACUACUAUGCCAGCUCGCAAAUCGGGGGCAUGCUCGAGGCGCAAGGUGCAUGGCCAGCACGUCGAAAGACGCAGACUUUAUACCUCUCCGACAUCAAGACUCGCCAGUCGAAGACGUUACCGAAAGCCGAUCAAAUGCGAGGAACUCAGAUGCAACUGAUGCUUUACCGGCGUCUCCUGAACGACCUUGCCGCGAACAAGAUUGACGCAAGCAUCAUCUUCGACCGCAACUCCCUCGACGCUACCAAGCCCUUCAGUGACACUUUUAUGCCAGCCCUUGGUGGUAUCGACUUCCAGCCCACACAACGAAGUCUCGAAGCGGACGAUCAGAACGACGAACUUAGCUUCAGUUCUCAGCCAGAUCACGAUCCUCUGGAGGAAAUACUAUCCCACAACACCCUGACAACGUUGUGGUCACACAUGAUCGCCGAACUGACCCGCGUCAUUUCAGUCACACCCACCACAACCUCCAUAUCACCUCUCCUCUCAGCAGAGUUCCGUGCUUCGACAGAUGGCGCGUUCAUCGGGCGAAAAAGCUUUGCAUACGACGCGGAUGUGCUCGACAAGUACGUCAAUUCAGAGAUGGCAUGGUGGAGAGGUGAGCGGGAAGCUUGUGGUGUUGAUAUUGAGGAGGCGUACAAAUGCGGCAUAUGCGAAUUCGCUGAGGGAUGUACGUGGAGGAAAGGGAAGAUGGAGGAGGCGACGAAGAAGGCGAGACUAAGGAAGGCCAAUCAAGCUGGACUGAGGAGUAAGAGUCAGAAUUGA